GGCUGUUUAGGUCAAACUAUACCUAACUAAAGCUGACCAGUAGCGAGGUUCUACUCGGGAUAGAAAGAGAUCUAUAUUCAGGUACCAGAAAACAAAAGAACAGAAUGGACGCGAUAAGAAAGAAAAUGCAGAGCUUAAAGGGAGAGACAGACGGACUCUUUGCAACCAUUCAGCGUUUCGAGGACGCAACGAAGGAGAGCAAUAGACUAGCAGAUCAGGCUGAUGUCGAUAUCCGAGACUACGGAAAGAAAGUUCACAACCUUGAAAUUGAGUUUGAUGAGACGAAUGAUAAGCUGACCAAGGCCACCGAAUCUCUAGAAGAGAAGGAAAAGCAGUUGAAAGAGGUCGAGGCCGAUGUCGCUGCACUGGCUCGUAGGAUCAUGUUGAUGGAGGAGGAGGCAAAAAAAUCCGACGAAAACCUUGCCGGUACCAUCACAAAGCUGGCUGUAACCUCAAAAGAGGCCGAUAACAUUCUGAAGAAGGUGAAGGUAUUUGAAUCUAAGUGCAUGAACAACGAGGUGACUAUCGAGGAGUAUGAUAAAAAUCUCCGACAGACAACCAAGAUGGCCUCAGAUAACGAACAGAAGCUGGACGAAUUAAGUCGAAAGCUUGGAGUCCAAGAGGAUGAGCUAAGGCGUGCUAUUGAGCGUGCUGAGCUGGCUGAAAAGAACCUAAAGAAUAUUGAAGAUGAGCUGCAGUUGGUCGGAGAGAAUAUGAAGCAGCUUGAGAUGUCUGCAGAGAAGGCUGUAGAGAGGGAGGAGAAACUUAAAGAUAAAAUUCUUUCAAUCCAACAUAAAUACAAAGCUGCAGAGGGCAGGUUUGAGUAUGGAGAGAUGAAUAUAACCAAGUUGAACCAGAGAAUUGAUGAUAUUGAAGAUGAGAUCUACAGAGAGAAACUAAAGAUUAAACGUUGUGCUGACGAGCUUGGUGACACUUUCGACGAUAUGCUGACUAAUUACUAAACCUGGAUUUGAUCUGACCACAAUAGUUUAACGUCAAAUAAACUUUAUAACUCUCUGUCUGAUUUAUAUAGUUUCGUAAAUCUUUUGUAUUAAAUACAAUUUUGCACAAACAAUAUACAUAUUCCCAAUCUUGA